CUCCACUCUAGCAUGAACGCGGCCAAUGCGCAACGACCAGAUUAAAGUAGGAACUUCAGGCUACCAUCUGACCCUGGUUUCUUGGACUGCCGUCGUACGCGAGGGAACCAUACAUUCAAAACAUGUUUCUUUCCUUGCACAAAUACAAACUGUAGAGCGUGGCCAGGCAUUGUUGGAGUCGCGGGCAACCUUGUGCGUACGCACUAAAAACAAAACACUGCAGGAUGCUACUUCUCCUGGUCAUUCCGUCUGUGAUUUCGAUUGAACAGUGAUGUUUCCACAUAAUGGGUCAACUGAUUAGAUGAAAAUUACUACUUUGAUCAAAUUGCGCAAUUUGCGACCCUCGCCUUGUGUAUCUCUGCUUGGAAUGCAUGAGGAGAAUGGGGAGGAACAGACGUGUCUAUCCAGAAUGGAUAUAACCCCAACAGCUUUUGCCGCAUCGAACUCAUCAGAGGAUACUAAUGGCACGAGUGCCCAAAGACCUCUGCCUCACUCCCAGAGCGUGGCCGUCUUCAUCGUGUUCCUGGUCACCGUUAUCAUUCUGGUGACAAUCGUAGGGAAUGUACUUGUUGUGGUGGCCGUUUUCACGAGCCGCGCGCUCCGUGCGCCGCAGAAUCUCUUCCUUGUCUCUUUGGCAUCGGCAGAUAUAUUAGUGGCCACCUUGGUCAUCCCUUUCUCCCUCGCCAACGAGAUCAUGGGUUACUGGUACUUUGGGAGCACCUGGUGCGCCUUCUACUUGGCCCUUGACGUCCUCUUCUGCACGUCCUCCAUAGUGCACCUCUGUGCCAUAAGUCUGGACAGGUACUGGUCUGUAACCAAAGCUGUUAGCUACAAUCGGAAGAGGACGCCCAGGCGUAUUAAGUGUAUGAUCACCGUGGUCUGGGUCAUAUCAGCAGUCAUCUCUUUUCCACCGUUACUUAUGACCAAACACGACGAGCAUGAGUGCUUGCUCAACAACGAAACAUGGUAUAUUCUCUCGUCUUGUCUGGUAUCAUUUUUCGCCCCGGGUCUAAUCAUGAUUCUGGUGUAUUGUAAAAUAUAUAAAGUGGCCAAGCAGCGCGCAUCAACCGUGUUUGCAGCAAAGAACGGGACGGAGAGACAGCCUUCGCAGUCAGAGACGUGCUUCGUGCCGAGGAGGAAGUUUGAGGUGGAGAGCCCCAGCAGCCCCAGUUUAGGUGGCCACAUGCGGAAAGGAGAGCUCGAUGAUAUUGACCUGGAGGAGAGCUGCCUCGCCGACAGCAAACCCAAGAACUGUCUCUUCUCCAAGAGAGUGAAAGUGGAGGGGGCAAACACUUUCCCAAAACAGAGUUGUCGCGUGUCAUGGGCUUCAAACCGCAACGCGAAGCUCUCUCAGGAGCAAAAGAUUAGACAGAUGUCACUGUCAAAGACCAAACUGGCGCAGAUGCGUGAAAAGCGCUUUACGUUUGUCCUUGCAGUGGUGAUGGGGGUGUUUGUACUCUGCUGGUUCCCCUUCUUUUUUACAUACAGUCUGCACGCAAUAUGCAGAGAUUGUUGCCCAAUUCCGGAUGCUCUCUUUAAUCUGUUUUUCUGGAUUGGUUACUGUAACAGUUCAGUGAACCCUAUCAUUUAUACAAUAUUUAAUCGCGAUUUUCGGAGAUCUUUCAAGAAGAUCAUAUGCCAGACAUCACACACAUAGGUUUACAAAAAAAAGGUAUCUCUCUAUAUGUGUGUGAGUGUGGGUAAGCUCUGUUGCGUUUAGUAUCUGUACUUAUGAGACGUGUAAAAAAGUGUUUGUAGAAUACUGUGAUAAGAUUUUAAAUAAUAAUAAUUUAAUGUCAUGUAAAAAAUGGACUUCAAAAUUUGUGAGUUUGUAACCGUCAGAUGGUGUUUCUGUGGACUUGAAUGCAUCAGGUUGCAAACCUGCAUAAUUUAUUUAAAAACAAAGAAUUCUGUAUCCAAUCUACAUAUUCGAGAAGCAUGAGUCAGACUACACUGUUAUGUUUCUCCAUGUUGUUAAUCACAUUUAGCAGUGUUCUGUUAUUAAUACAUUAAAGGGCUUUUGAUGUAAAGAGGCAAUUAAUGACUUGUUACUGUCUGAGACAUCUAACCUAAUGUAGCAGGCAUAAACAAGAUAUCUGCGAUUAGAUGCCCUACAUACUGGUCUUGACGAGAAGAAAAACCAAACUGUCAGCGGUGGUUCUCUUCUGCAUUGUUCAACCAAUCCAGUAAAUGUGGAGGAUGAGUUAAGAUGGCGUGUCGUCGUAUUAAGGUCCAAAAGCAGAAGUCAUGUCAAAGGCUCUCUUUCCAUUUCUCCUGAAGCGGAACAUCCAAAUUGUUGGACCCAGCAGAUGCUAGAGACAAAGACAGUACAGUAAGAAGAUAGGCAGAAACUGCUUCUCCAAAAUAAAUCCAUGAUCACACAAUCGAAUCUAUGUUGUGCCUUUAGAUUUCGAGAAAAUGAACUACUAAGUAAUAAUUUUUCAAUUCUCUCAUUGACUUCUCAAACCCCAAACCCAGGCCUGGUCGUAUUGGUCUGUUUCGCUAGUGUUCCCAGAAGUCUUGCGACGUUGCGCCUCUAAGUUUGGAAACUCUGUACUAGAGACAAUGUCUUAAGUAGGUGAACAUGUUAUUACUCUUGUGAAAGAGACAAACUGAUGUGUUUUUCAUUUUCGUAAAAAAAACAACUUUAUAUCUAAGGAGUACCUUUGAUUUGACAGCCUCUUCUGCCAACUUCUGUCUGUAACUUCCGGACAAUUUGAGCUACAGACUAAUAUGACCCCUCUAUGGAAACAUGAGACUCAUGUCGGUUGUUUUGCUCUAGGACGCCCACAAGCCUCAAGACUAAUCUGAAGGUAGCCUGGUAUCAGUUAUGGAAGUACACAGUACUGGUCAAAAGUUUGGAAAGACCUACUCAUUCAAGGGUUUUUCUUUAUUUGUAAUAUUUUCUACAUUGUACAAUAAUAGUGAAGACAUCAACUAUGUAAUAACAAACAGAAUCAUGUAGUAACCCAAAAAAGUGUUAAACAAAUCAAAAAAUAUAUAUAUUUGAGAUUCUUCAAAGUAGCCACCCUUUGCCUUGAUGAUAGCUUUGCACACUCUUGUGGAGUCCCAGGAAAAGCCAGACUACAAAAGCUUGUUGGACACAUAUUUCGACUUAUUUUCUUUAGCCUAUUGGAUGAAUUAUGCAUGCUUACUAUUGCUUUCUGAAUGUGAAAUAGGCUACAUCAUUGAGAACGGUCGGGGAGUUGGAAGGGAGAAGCCCACAUUUUCCUGUAGGCCAAACUUAACACUGGGUUACAUCCUGACAUAAUACCCCAUAUGAAUGGCCUGCUAAUGUACCUUUCUGGACCUUCAGAACUGUCAAGAAUAGACCCAAACUGAUCCAAAUGGUUGCAUAAUCAGGCCUAGGCUGACUAUGCAGUUGUUUCGGCCUGAAACAGAACAGGAAUUUUGAGCGGUUAUUCAAAUUAGCCUAUAUCACUGCAGUUGACAGCCUAUGAACAAUAAUUGUGUACUCACUUGAUAAUACAAAUAAAUUCCUCAUUGCACU